UUGGAGGACAGUCCAAGAAUAUUGAAGAAAGACCAGAAAACUUUUUAGUAAUGCGGAAUCUUUAUUGAUUUUGAUUAACUCACCACUUUGACAAUGGGGGACAGGACCUUUCCUAGACAGUUAAAAGAAGUAAAAUCUGUAGGUCCAAGUCCCUCAGAUUUACAAUGGAUCCAAGACAACCCAGACUACUUUGGGUCAUUAGAAAAUAUGAACAUGCAAGAAAGCAAAAGUGGUUCAACGUCAGAUCAGUUACAGGCUGCAACUGGUUACGUAAUAGGGGUUACAAGUAGUAUUUUUGCAGAACACAUUCUCUCACAUCCCUUCAUAGUUUUAAGGAGACAAUGUCAGGUGCAUCAUAAUGGAGUUUGGUACCACAAUACUCCUUUUACUUUAGUCACAGUUUUAGUACAGCUACAGAGACAUCAGGGAAUGUCUUCCUCGUGGAAGGGGAUUGUCAGUGUCUUGAUGUCCAAAGGCAUUCUGAUGGUAAAUGAGACAGUCAUCAGUGAGCUCACACCAUUACCAAAGGAGGUCACAAGACACAGUUCACCUAGGAAACAUCUGGAACAUCUGUUGCUUAAAGGAUUAGCAUACAUUUUGGCAACUCCCUUCCUAGCAACUAGUUUCAUCGAAACUAUUCAGGCUGAUAUCUCUAGUGAUAAACCAGGGCCUAUUGAUUUCAUCAAAGAGGGAGUUGGUCGAGUGAUGGGCUGGGGCAUGCCCCAAACAACUCGUCUCCUCCCUGUGUACACCCUUAUCUUACCCACAGCAAUGAUGGGUGUAUCCCAGUAUGUCAUUGUACAGGUAGCCAGAGCUACCAUGCUGUCCUCUUUCAAGCAAAGGGAACAAGAAAUGAGGGACAAAUCCACUUCUGUGGAUGGAAAGGAACAAGAGGAAUCUUUGUAUAACAAAUACUUUCCUGAGAUGAUGGCCAAUUUUGCUGGGAAUUUGCUGGCUGAUGUGUUGUUAUUUCCCUUAGAGACUGUUCUUCACCGUUUGUAUGCGCAAGGCACCAGAACAAUAAUUGACAAUUUAGACACAGGUGUAGAUGUUAUCCCCAUCAGCACAAAUUAUCAAGGAUUCUUUGAUUGUUUUCGUAGUAUUUUAGUGGAGGAGGGUAUAUCUGGCCUGUACAGAGGAUUUGGUGCCCUGAUCUUACAAUAUGCUCUUCAGGCUUGUUUGCUCAAGUUUUCAAAGUACAUGUUUGAGAAAGUUUCUAAAGAACUGAAUUCACCUAAUAGUAUGCCACCUGCACCUACUAGUAUGCCACCCACAACACCUGUUAAGCAGAGGUCAGCAGACAGACUCAAUCAGCCAAGACAUCCAGAAGUUGCUGGGCAGCAACAGCAGCGUGCACAGCAACCUCAGACUUCAUACAUGGAACAGGCAUAUAGAAACCAAAGAAGAUGAAAUCUAUGUAAAAAAAAAAACCACAUUAAUUCAUCAAA